UCCUCAUCUUCGACCUCGACUUCGACCUCGACCUCGACCUCGACCUCGAUCUCGAGCCCCUCCCGCAUUCUGCCAAUCCGUGUCCGCCGCCGUCCCUGCACCCUUCAUCAACGCGUCUGCGCAUGUCGAGGCAGCGGCCGCCUCAUUCCUUCGCUUAAGACACUCCUCAUAGUCUAUAGAGAAUGAUAUUGUCCCCGCGCUGGUGGACGGCUAUGCUGGCCGUCCUUACCGUGAGCCAGGACACAGUCAGAGCCUUAGAGUUAGAUCUCAAUGAUGAGCAAUCGAUCAAGAACGCCGCCGCGACGGCAGCCUACAACAUGAUGAGCUACUACCACGGCAACGAAUCUGGGCAGAUACCGGGCAAAUUGGUAGAUACAUGGUGGGAAGGAGGCGCCAUGUUUAUGACACUGAUUCAAUAUUGGUACUGGACCGGCGACACAUCCUACAACGCAGUCACCACCGAAGGUAUGCUCUGGCAGAAGGGCCAGAACGAUUACUUCCCCGCCAAUUACAGUAAUUACCUCGGAAACGAUGACCAGGUGUUCUGGGGGCUGGCCGCAAUGACGGCAGCCGAGUUGAAUUACCCAGAGGAGGACGGCCAACCGUCUUGGCUGUCGCUUGCUCAGGGUGUCUUCAACACUCAAGUACCCCGCUGGGACACUACCAGUUGUCAAGGUGGUUUGCGCUGGCAGCUGUGGCCCUAUCAGGCUGGAUAUACCACCAAGAACGCUAUCUCCAACGGAGGUCUCUUCCAAUUAGCGGCGCGACUGGGCCGCUACACCAACAAUGAGACGUACAGCAACUGGGCGGAGAAGAUCUACGACUGGAUGGCGACCACCCCGCUCCUGAGAGAGGACGAGUGGUCCAUUGCUGAUACGACCACCACGCAGACGGAGUGUAAAGACCAUGGAGAUCUCCAAUGGACGUACAACUACGGAACGUACAUCAGUGGAGCUGCCUAUAUGUAUAACCACACCAACGGAGGAGACAAGUGGAAGAAGGCGCUGGACGGCUUGCUCGGAACUACCUUGCAGAAGUUCUUCCCUCAAGAAUUCGGCGGCAACAUCAUGUCCGAGAUCUCCUGCGAACCGAACAUGAUGUGCGAUCGCAAUCAAGACUGCUUCAAGGGGUUUCUGUCAUCCUGGUUGACAUUCACCACCACCAUUGCGCCGUACACCGCGGGUGAGAUCAUCCCGAAAAUCCAGCAGUCGGCCCUCGCAGCGGCCAAGCAAUGCUCUGGCGGCAAAUCAGGCACUGAAUGCGGCCGCCGCUGGCACCAGGCGACUUGGGAUGGGGAGACUUCGCUGGAGUCUGACAUGAGUGCACUGAGCGUCUUUUCUUCCACUCUGAUUGCCCACAAGGGCCAAGAACAGAGUCACCAAGGACCGUUGACUUCGGAUACUGGGGGCACCAGCAAGAGUGAUCCCAACGCGGGCACUGCCCCGAAGGAACCACCCAACGAGCUGCCAGAAAUCACGGCUGGGGAUCGGGCGGGUGCUUCGAUCCUGACCGUUGCGUUCGUGUGUGGCUGGGCUGCCGCUGUGACCUGGUUGGUUUAUGGUGGUUAGUUUAGAGUGUAGACGUAUAUAUAUAUUUCUUUCUAUGGCUGGCGUUGGUGUUGUAUAUAGGAAGGGUUUCUGGACUGGCGUAUUUCCCUUGCUUCUUGCUUGAUAAAUGGUAACCUGCUUGCCAACGCUCGAUGGCUCUUUGUAUCAUUAUUUGGAGAUGGUUGCCCUUUUCAUGUUGGUUGUCUGUUAUGCGGGCUUGCU